AUGCGGCCUGAGUGGGGCCAGUGGAGCCGGGUGGUUCUGCUGGAGAGUGAGCAGUUCCUGGCGGAGCUGACCAGGCUCUUCCAGGAGUGCCGGUUGUCAGGCAGUGUGUUCCUCACCCUGAAGAAGUAUGAUGGCCGAACUAAACCCAUUCCAAGGAAAGUCUCAGUGGAGGGCUUUGAGCCCUCAGACAAUAAAUGUCUGUUAAGAGCUACUGAUGGGAAAAAGAAGAUUAGCACAGUGGUGAGCUCCAAAGAAGUGAAUAAGUUUCAGAUGGCUUAUUCAAACCUACUGAGAGCAAACAUGGGUGGGCUGAAGAAGAGGGACAAAAACAGCAAGAGUAAGAAGAGCAAAGCAGCACAGUGA